GAAAACGGAAUUGACUACCUUAGCCAGUGUGCGAGCGGCUUGUCGCCUCCCCAAGAGAACGCCCAGACGACCCCAUGGAUGGCAGAAACCGCACAGCAAGCGAGGACUCCGACCUUGAGGAAGAAAUGAUGCGCGUCAACGUGUUCGACUACGAGUGGAGGCGUCAGAUGCACGUGGGUGAUCUUGUGGACGCCCAGAACAUCUUCGGCAAUUGGUGUCCGGCCAGAGUCCUGCAGAUUGCAGAUGGAGAAGUUCUGCUCCAAUUUCUUAAUAUGCACGAGUCAUGGCACCAAUGGUUGCAGCUGGACUCGGGUCGUCUGGCACAACAGGGCACCAAGGCUCGGAAUGACAGUGCUCCAAUUCGACAAGCGCAGCAGAUUGAAGUGCGUCCUGGCGGGGGCAACAGCAGCUUGUGGAAGGAGGCACUCGCAGUGAGAGCAGGUGGAGGGUCGGUGUUAGUGAGAUACCCUGGACGUGAUCAAAAGUUCGAUGAGUGGAUUCAAUUCACGCCCACAAAAGUGGCACCGGCUGGAGAGCACUUGCAACACCGUGGACGUGGGACUAUGCUCGAGCAGCGAAAGCUGGCUGUGGAUGCGCCGAACAUGACACAUCGACGCGUCAUCCAAGCGCAGAAUCCGAGAUUUACACACUACCGAGACUCGUUGCAGGCGACAUUGGGGCUGCGGAUUUACGACAUCGAAGGCGAUGGCAAUUGUCUUUUCCGCUCGGUGAGUCAUCAGGUGUAUGGCGAUGAUAGUCACCACGCUCUUGUACGUGCAGCGUGUAUGAAUUACAUGGAGAGCGAGAAGGAAUACUUCGAACCUUAUGUGGUGGGCGACAUGGCUGCAUUCAUGCGGUACUUGCACUAUAAGAGACGGGAUGGUGUCUGGGGAGACGAUCCGGAGCUGCAAGCUUUAUGCGAGCUAUACGACCGUCCUGCCGAAGUGUUUGCCUACGAUCCACAACAAGGUUUCCGAAAGCUUCGGUGCUUUCACGAGAAUAGCGCCCUCGCUCGCUCUAGACCUCCUAUUCGGUUAAGCUACUACGGAGGAGGUCACUACGACUCUCUUAUGGGGUCUGACCAUCAAGCAAAUUUAAUCCGAGAGACGCCAGGGCAGUGGGAACAACGACACAUCGGAUACUCGCACCGUAUCAACUCGCGUGAAACACGUGACGACGUCUCCGGUGUGGAGCAAGAAGUACAGGCUCAGUCAGACCGCGAACGCACAGAAGUGGAGCAACUGGAACAAGUCCUAAUGCAAUCUCGAAACGAGUUCGACGCCAUGGACAGGAGCUUAGAGGAGACACUGAAACUAUCGCUAGCAGAGCAUGGAGAAGCUGCGCCCGCACAGGCUCAUCGCGAGCGUGAAGAGAUCGCCGAAGCUACACGAGAAAGUGAGAUGGCAGCCAUCCAAGCUGAGCUGGUAGCCAAGGCUAAAGCCGAGUCAGAAGAGGAGCAGAUGAAGUCUGCGAUCAAAGCGUCAUUAGGUGGCCACGGUACGGAUUUCGACGCGCAAAUGACUGCAGCACUUCAAGCGUCUCUAGGAGAUGUUGGAUCUAACAUUCCUACAAGUGGCAUCGAGGAUUAUGACGAACAAUUGCGAUGGGCCAUGGAGUUGUCCGCUCAAGAGUAUACACCACCGUCACAGGGGUUUGGAAUGUACGGCGAUGAGUCCGCCAACACGGACGAAAUGGAUGAGCUCCAACGUGCAAUUCAAGCCUCGCUGGAACGAUCCUGA